AUGAUCAUUGGUCCAAACGGAACAGGGAAGAGCACAGUGGUGUGUGCGAUCGCCCUCGGUCUCGGCUGGAAGCCGUCGGUGCUGGGCCGCGCCAAGGACGUGGCAUCCUACGUGAAGCUGGGGCACAGCCAGGGCUGGGUCGAGAUUGAGCUGCAGGGCUUCCCCGCGCAGGCCAACGUCGUCGUUCGCCGCGUCCUCUUCCGCGAGUCCAACUCGAGUGACUGGCUCCUGGACGGCGCCCCUGCGACUGCGCGGCAGGUGAACGAUGCGGUCUCGGCCUUUCACAUUGAGGUGGGCAAUCUGUGCGCCUUUCUACCGCAGGACCGUGUCGCCGACUUUGCCGCCAUGACGCCCAGCCGCCUCUUGCAGGAUACACAGCAGGCAGCCGGCCAUCCGGCGCUCUCCGAGUGGCACACGCGGCUGAUGGGCCUCGGGCAUACACUCGCGGCUCUGCAGACUCGCCUCGAGCAGGAGCAGGGCGAGCACGACCACCUCGAGGAGCGCAAUGCCGUCCUGGAGCGCGACGUGCGGCGCUACGAGGAGCGCGUCGCGCUCGAGAAGCAGGUGAGCGCGCUGCAGAUCCGCGUGGCCUUUGCCGAGUUCCGCGAGGCCAAGGCCCAGUACGACGCCGCGCGCAACGAGCGCGAGGCCGCCAAGCGCGCGCUCGAGCAGAUCCUGCGCGAGCGCCCCNCCCCUGCAGGAGCGGACGCGGAGCAGGCCCUGGUCGGCCUCAGGCGCGCCGAGUCGUCGCGCGAGCAGCUGGACGCGCACCUGGCAUCGCUGAGCGAGCAGGAGAAGCGGCUCGACACCGCCGAGCAGGACCGCCAGCGCACGAUCGAGGAGCUGCGCCGCGCCAUUGCCGAGCUCGAGCAGCGCAUGGCCGGUGGGCCGCCCGCGCCGCCCGAGCCGGCGCUCGAGCAGCGGCUGCGCACUGUCAAGAGCGAGCAGCGCGUACUCUCCGAGGACGUGCGCGACAUGGACACACAGCUCUCGGAGCAGCGCGCCAAGAAGCAGCGCACACAGGCGCGCCUGCACGAGACGCAGCAAGCGUACCGCCUGCAAGUUCUUGCGCGCGCUGACCGCGACGCGUAUGAGGCGAUCCAGUGGCUCCAGAAGAAUCGGGGCGUGUUUGAAAAGUGCGUGUACGAUCCCGUGCUGGUCAUGGUGGAUAUGACGCGCCCAGAAGCUGCGCGCGCCAUCGAGACAUGCCUGAGCUGGCCCGUGCAGCGCACGUUUGUGUGCCAGACGCGCGCUGACUACGACCUGUUCACGCACGAGCUCAUCGACAAGCGCCAGUGGCGCCUGAACGUGGUCGAAAUGGAGGGCGCGCAGCCGCUCGAGUCGUACACGCCGCCGCUCCCCGAGGCAGAGCUGCGGGCCCUGGGGUUUGACGCCUAUGCGCUGCAGUGCAUCGAUGCGCCGACCGACGUGCUGCGGUACCUGUGCAGCGCAGCGCACCUUCAUGCGAUUCCGAUCGCCUUCGAAGGCCGUGUGAACCCCGAGCACAUGGAGCGCCAGCGCCAGAUCCGGCGCUACAUCUCCGGCGACACGAUUUUCACAACGACCUUCUCGAACUACGGCCAGCGGCGCCCGCAGACCAUGUCACGCGUGCUCAAGCCUCUGCGGAACUUGGCGCACGUCGGAGACAUGGCCGAGCGAGAGCGCGCGACGGCGUCCCUGCGCGCGCUGCAGGCCGAGAGCGACGAGCUGCAUGCCUCGAUCACGCAGCUCGAGCAGGAGCGCGACACGCAAACGGCCAAGCUCGACGCGCUCUCCGAGCAGCGCGCGUCCCUUGCGUCCGCGCUCCAGGCAGCCCAGGCGGCCCAGCGGGACUGGGAGCGCCUGCAGGUCCGGUGCCAUACGCAGCGCGAGCAACUCGCGCACGAGGAGCGGCGGCCGUCCGUCUCGGUGCAGCGCCAGCAGCUGAGCGAGUCGCGGCGCAAAGUCGCGGUGGAGCUGGCCAAGUCGGUCGAGCGCUCCGUGCGCUUCCUGCACCAGCUGGCCGAGGCGCAUGCACACAGCGACAAGGCGUGCCUGGACGCCCUGCCCCUAGGCUCCGAGCUCGAGGCCGGCCGCGCCGCGCUGCGCCAGCUACAGACGCAGGUGGAAGAGGGCGAGCGGGCGCUGCGCGAGGUGCUCGCUCGCUUCACGGAGGUCAAGCAGCAGACCAUGGCAUGCCGCGACCGCGCGCAUGCGCGGCUAGACGAGGCCGCUAGUGAUAUCCGGGAGAGUGUCGAGGGGGUGCUUGACGACGACAGCGAGUCGCUCGCGCAGCUCGCUUCGCAGCUCGAGCGAGCGCAGGCGCAGCUGGAGGUGCCGUGGGGCGUGGGCACCCAUGUCGUCGCGUCGUUCCAAGCGCGCCAGGAGAAGAUUGCGCAGCUGAAACGCACGAUCGAGGCUGGGCGCCGCGAGCAGCGGGAGCUCGAGGCGCAGAUCAGCGAGCUCGAGGCACAGUGGCUGCCCGAGCUCGAGGCGCUCCUACGCCGCGUGAACGAGCGCGAAAUCCGACUCUCGCGCGAUGCGGACUACGAAAAGUGGGGCAUUGAGAUCCUCGUCAAGUUCCGCGACACGGAGCGGCUCCAGCCCCUGACCGGGCAGCGCCAGUCGGGCGGCGAGCGCUCGCUAUCGACCGUGUUGUACCUGCUCAGUCUGACGGGGCUCUCGCACUCGCCCUUCUCGCUCGUCGACGAGAUCAACCAGGGCAUGGACCCGCGCGCUGAGCGCGCUGUCCACGACCAGAUGGUCGAAAUGACGUGCCGCCCGGAGGCGGGGCAAUAUUUCCUCAUCACCCCCAAGCUGCUGCCUGGCCUCCGGUACCACGAGCUGAUGAAGGUGCUCAUUAUCAACAACGGAGACUGGCUACCCGAGCGCCUAUCCUGUACGUGGCAAGCACUCACCACAGUGGCCGAGCUGGUCCGGCACAAGCGCGCGCGCCUCGCGCAGGCCCCGAGGGUCUGA